AGGAGCUGCUCAUCGGCGAGGACACUCGCGUGGACCCCGUGCAGAUCACCGCCCUUCUCGGCAAGGCGGAGGCGUUCGCGGGCGAGGCCGCGGCCGAGCCGAGGCUCUGGAGGGGCCCCUUCCCGAGCGCCCUCUUCUCGGAGAUGGUUGCGCUCGCGAGGACGAUGAGCAAGGAGGUGAUUUGCAUCCACACCGUCGUCUGCGAGAAGAAGCAAAACCACGACGGCAGUUUCGCAACGAAGGAGUGGUUCAAGCGCCUGCUCGCAGACAGGGACUCCGGAUGGUCAGCACAAAUUGCGGAAAUCCUCAAGGAGGCAGAUGCCACCCGCGACAUGGUCGAGAAGGUUGAGGAGCUGAAUGGCAAGAAGGUGCCAACAUCGAUCCCAAAACUAAGACGGCUUCACAACAUCGAGUGGGAGUUGGGCAGCCUCAGGCUAUACCAAUCUGGCUUGGCCACUACCAGGGUCAAGGAGAUGGCUUCAGAGACGUCGAGCCUGGUUGAAGAUGAGUUUGCGCAGACGAAUUUCAUCUACGGGUGUUUGCAAAACAUCAAGGCUGUCAACCGCAGUAUGCAGCUACAGAUGGUCAAGAACGGGGUGUGAUGUGGAGAUGUUCAAUAACGGGAUGGAGGAAGACCUCAACUUGCAUCUGGUAAUUUAGCGGAGGUGAGCGGGUAUAAUUGAAACAUGCACUGUAAAAGUGAUCCUGGUGAAGGUUCGUUUGGGAUAUUUGCUUCACUUCUUGAGGAUCGAUUGGCGGAGUGCGGGGGAGGAGGCGGGGGGCAGUUCGUGUUUCGGGGGUGGGUAGACGCAGUACCGUUGUCUAGGCCAAUGUCCAGGGCAGUCCUGGUCCACGAAGCUGGCGCCACGAACAAGGAGCUGCGUGUUGAGCACGAUGGAGCACUCGCGUGCAGGUGUACAGAAGCCCCGCCGCCUUCUGAGAAGGCCUGCCCCCUCUCCCACUUCCCCCAGGCGCGCCGCCGAUACAGAGGUUCGCUCUCGCCCUGCAGAUCAAACAUUGUUCCCCUGCCGCUGGCACAUUCGUAGCCGCUGCAAGCCACGGCGCGUGCCCGCAGACGUGGCCCGCGUCGUGGCGCAGGGAGGCACGCGGGGCCGCCGUGCCCGCCGCGGGGCGGCUGCCCUCAGAGACUGUACGCUGCGCCUCUCCUCCUCCUCCUCCUCCUCCUCCUCCUCCUCCUCCUCCUCCUCCUCCUCCUCCUGGGGUGCUCCCAGAGCUCGACGGUCCCGCCUUUGCCAGUGGAGCUGCCGUUCACCUUGUCCAUCCAUCUUGGCAAUCCCCAGGUCAUCCCCAGGGAGCGAAGGUCAGCGCGCUUCGCGCAUCGCGGCUCGGCGGGUUGAGCAGGCGCCCCUCCUCAGGACGGCGGCGCGAGGGCGCCGAGUCAUGCGCGCGUCGCGCAUCGCGGGGCGCCCUGCGCGAAGUUAGGCGACCUAGAAUCCAGAUCGUUGGUGCUUCCGUGGGGUUGCCCAGACACCGAUUCGGAGUUGGCCGGACACCAACCUCGCGUUCUCCGGUCCGCCCGACCCGACCCGACCGGCCAGUCCGC